CAGGAAGAGUGUUUUAUGCCUUAAUUGGGCUGGUUUUCCUCUGGGCUGUCUGGAGAAGAGGUUGCCUUCAGGCAAAAAUAACCCACCAUCUGAUAACAAGGUGAUUUUGACAAACAUGAAGACAAUAAGUGAAAAAAGUCAAGGACUAAGACAAGGUCUUCCUACAGCUUCAGACUCUUUAGACAAACCUGGAUCUACUGAAUUAAGCAUGCUGCAACAGCAUCAGGCGAGUUCAGUACUCCUAAGUGAUACUCCAGGAAAAACAGAACAUUUUGCUGUACUCUCUGGUCUCAACACUUUGACACCAAAAUGCCAGGUUCCAAGGUCAGACAAAUGUGAACCAGAAGAUUCUGGUGUGACAUUGCAUCAUGGAGCCAACUCUGAAAAGAACUUUGUGCUGCACAGCAGAAAUUCUUCUUGUGACUCUGGAGUUCUGAGUGCCUCUUCCUCUCCAGCAGCUGAUCAUACACUAAUGAAAACAUACAAAGACACUAUGGAUGCUUGUCCUUGCAUCUCAAACUGCAAGAAGCCGGUGGAACACUAUGCUGAACAGAUGCAGACUUCUGCAGUUUCCUUAGAUAAGGAUGCUGACUGUCGAGAGAAAAAGCAUACUGAACAGUCUUUUUUGAGUGGCAGCCAAGAAGAAUGUUUUCAGGACAAAACCUAUGAAGAGGGCAGUUCCUCUCUCCUCCCCUCUACAUGUUUAGAUGAGAAGAAUCUUCAUGAUGAUUACAAAAAUGACCACGUAGGAGAAGUGACAUUACCUGCUCAUCCCUUAAGAAGGUAUCCCACAAGUGACAGCUUGGAUGAGUACAUGGAUGCCUGCUGUAGGAUGAGCAAG